AUGGUUUUGCAGUUGCUGGUGGUGAAUCCGAACAGUUCGCGUUCGAUGACCGAGGCGGUCGCCAGAAGCGUGGCGGCGUGCGACGCGUUCCGCGGUUUCGCGUUCCAAGUCCGCUACAUGACGGGCCCGAGCGGCGCGCCGCCGCAGAUCGACGGGCCGGAGGCCAGCAGCGCGAGCUGCGACGCGUGCUUGGCGGUGCUCAGCGACCCCAGGUCAGAGUUCCACUACGCGCGCUUCGAGGGCCUACUUGUGGCGUGCUUUUCAGACCACCCGCUGGUGGCAGCGCUGGCAGCGCUGCCCCAGGCGCCGGUGGUCCUCGGGCUGCUCGACGCCAGCGUGAGCUUUGCGAGUCUCGCGGCCCGCGGCCCCUUCUCCAUCAUCACGUCCAACGUAGAGUGGGUCAAGAUCCUCGACGACAGUGUGGAACAGCAGUUUCUUGCGGGACACGUGCGCCGCCUGGGUCUAUGGCGCGGUACUGUGUCUUCGAACCUGCAGGUGCUGGAGUUGCACGACGAGGCCAAUUUCGGCGCGAUCGUGGACGUGAUCCGCGCCGAGAACGUCGAUCGCCUCGGGUCGAGAUACGUGAUCCUGGGGUGCGCCGGGUUCUCGGGGCUGGAGCGCAGACUGAACAAGCUGUUCGAGGACCGCGGCGUGGUGUUUCUCGACCCGAUAGUGAUCGGGUUCCAGGCGCUGCUGGGCAGCGCCAGCCUGUUGCAGGCGAUGAGAUAA